UGCCGCUCUUUCUCGUCGGUCCCCACUUUUCAAAGGGUUCAAAGUUCAAACCCAGUUGCCCAUAAUGUAGCAAAAGAAUGUACCUUUCCCACAUAUAUACGCGCACACAUUCACCCACACUCUGAUUUUCUUUUCUUCUCGUAGACUCCGAAAAUCUUGCUGAAACAUAAAAAUAAAAUCUCGGCGGAUUUUAUUUAUUUUUCCCCAAAACCCUUUUAUUUUUUUCUUGCUUCCUGCAAAAAUCUUGGGGCCUUUACCAUCUGACACUGAGAAUCAUGGCUCUGGUGGGAGAUUUAGGGCUCAAGUUUGGCGGGGUGAUGAGGAAAAACUCGGGCACCAUCGGCCUAAACAAAAGUUUUUUCUCCGGCCUCCCAAUUUCUAAAAGAGACAAGCUUUUUCUUAGUCCGAGGAAUUUGAGGCCUGUAGAGCCCAAAUUUGGGGUCAAAAUUCAGGCAGUUAUGCAAGUGGAUGUUGAGAGUAGAAAAAUUUCAACCGAUCCCAAGAUUUCGGAGGGGGUUUUGGGAUUCGACGUGGUUUCUGAAGCGGAGCUGAGGAAAAAGGGAUUCUUGGGGCUGAGGAAGACGAAGCUCGUCUGCACCGUGGGGCCCGCUUGCUGCUCGUCGGCCGAGCUGGAAAAGCUGGCCCUUGGAGGCAUGAACGUAGCCAGGCUUAACAUGUGUCACAAUACCAGGGAAUGGCAUAGGGAUGUAAUUGGGAAAAUCAAGAAGUUGAAUGAGGAAAAGGGGUAUUGUGUUUCUGUGAUGAUUGAUACUGAGGGUAGCCAGAUUCAUGUAGUUGAUCAUGGUGCUCCUUCCUCUGUAAAAGCAGAGGAUGGAUCGAUUUGGUUCUUUACAACUGAAAAGUUCGAGGGGUCGCGCCCUUUUACGGUUCAAGCGAGUUAUGAAGGUUUUUCUGACGGGAUUAAUGUGGGUGACAAGAUUGUGUUUGAUGGAGGAAUGGCAACUUUUGAAGUCUUAGAAAAAAUUGGGAAUGAUCUGCGUUGCAAGUGCACGGACCCUGGCUUACUCUUGCCACGAGCCAAACUGAGCUUCUGGAGAGAUGGAAAGCUUGUAGAGAAAAAAUAUGAACUUCCAACUCUGUCCACUAAGGAUUGGGCCGACAUUGAAUUUGGAAUCUCUGAAGGCGUUGAUUUUAUUGCCAUGUCAUUUGUCAAUGAUGCCGAUGCUGUCACGCAUUUGAAGAAUUAUAUUUCCAACAAAUCCUCCAAAUCAAUAAAAGUCUUGGCGAAGAUAGAGAGCCUCGAGUCACUUCAUACAUUGGAGGAAAUUGUCGAGGCAUCUGAUGGUAUCAUGAUAGCGAGAGGUGACCUUGGAGUCGAAAUCCCACUCGAACAAAUUCCGAACGUGCAAGAAAAAAUUACAUUUGUGUGCAGACAGCUUAACAAGCCUGUAGUUGUUGCUUCUCAGCUUCUCGAGUCGAUGGUUGAAUAUCCUACUCCAACAAGAGCCGAGGUUGCUGAUGUGUCUGAGGCUGUACGCCAAUAUGCGGAUGCAUUGAUGCUGUCUGGGGAAUCAGCAAUUGGCCCAUUUGGGCAAAAGGCUCUGUCUGUGUUGAGCACUACCAGCAGCAGAAUGGAACUAUGGAGUCGUGAGGAGAACAGACAAAAUGUUCUGUCGAAGCAUAAACUCGCAUCAUCCUUGCCCGACCAAAUAGCCGAGCAAAUAUGCAAUUCUGCUGCACAAAUGGCAAAUAACCUAGGACUCGACGCCAUAUUUGUGUACACGAGGCACGGCCAGAUGGCGUCCUUGAUCUCCCGCAACCGCCCGAACCCUCCCGUUUUUGCUUUCACGAGCGAUGGCAGCACUCGCAUGGCACUGAAUCUGCUGUGGGGGGUCACACCGCUCCUUCUCGCGGACCUCUCGGAUGACAUGGAAGCCAACAUAGCCAAAUCCAUAGACCUUGUUAAAACCCGAGGGCUGCUCAAGAAGGGCGAUAUGGUCUUGAUCGUCUCAGAUAUUAUUCCAACCUCAACGUCUCAGACCGUGUUUCAGUCAAUCCAGGUUAAGACCGUCUGAGUGAUUUUUUUUAUUUUUUAUUUUUUAUUUUUGGAGAAGAAGUGAAAUGUGUUUGGGAUGAGGCUAUUGCAGUUUUAGUUCCAUAUUAGCACCAUUUUCUUUUGACGAAUUUAUGUAUCGUUUUUGUUGAUUUUUGAAGGGUGAUGUUUGAUGGCAAACUUUACUGA